AUGACCAGCCCUGUUGAUUCGCACAUGCUUCGCGUGUUCUUCUAUAACUAUUCCACGGGUGUAAGGAACCUUAGCCUAAACGACUCUGACAUUCAUGCUCCGCCGCUGGUCGCCCUUAUACCCCUGUGGCAGAAGGUCAGCAUUGGCGUGGUACUUACUAUAAUGAUCGGUUCAACAUUAUUGGGUAACGUGCUAGUUAUUCUAGCUGUGGUGCUGGAAAAAAAACUGCGGACGUUCAAUAACUAUUUCUUCGCUUCCCUUGGAAUGGCUGAUCUGAUCAUAGCGACCAUUGUCAUGCCGUUGGCAAUGUUGGUGCAGCUGAACGGUGGCGUGUGGUAUUACGGCAAACGGACGUGUGACCUGUUUAUAUUUCUUGAUGUCAGCUGUUGUACAGCUUCUAUACUGAAUCUAUGUGCAAUAAGUCUGAAUCGCUACUGGUCUAUAACCUCACCAUUGAAAUAUGCCGCCAAACAGACUUGCCGGCGUGCUGCGGUUAUGAUCACCGUUGUGUGGGCAGCGUCGUUUCUCAUCGCAUGCCCUCCGCUGUUUGGUUGGCCGCAGCGAUCACCGGCGCCUCACAGCUGCGAACACAAUCAAAACUACAUUUACAUCUUCUACUCGUCCAUGGGCUCGUUUUAUAUUCCCGUGAUGGUGCUGACCAUCGUUUACUGCCGAAUUUACCGCGUCUCGAAGCGUGGCGCCAAGUUUCGGCGCGAGACUACUGUUCUCCCUUAUAUACACGGUUCGUCGAGUGCCAAUUCUAUGGGGAAGACAAUCAAACUCCGACAUAUCAACUCGAAAUUGUCCAUGACAGACUAUGAGACUUCGUACAAAAAUGUGCUUCUAUCUAAAAAUAGGAAAGAAACAACAGACGGUAACCAAGGAUUUAAAACGUGUAAAAGGAUUGUGCGUAACAAAAAGGAUCCGAUUAAAAACGCUGAACGCAAAACUGCUAAAACACUGGGUAAGAUAAAACAUGUUUCAUUUUCAUAA